AUGGCAUCACCCAGUGAUUUACUAGGAGCUCCAAUCAUCUCAUAUACCUCAUUGCGUGUUGAUAAUCUUCACCCAAAUGUUAAUGAGGCAAUGUUAUUCGACAAAUUUGCAAGUGUUGGGCCAAUUUCAUCAAUUCGAGUCUUUCGUGAUAUGAUUACACGACGAUCACUUGGCUAUGCUGAAGUCAAUUUUCAACUAGCAACUGAUGCUGAAUAUGUAUUCGAUACAAUGAAUUUUGAUUUUCUUCAUGGUCGUCCAUUACAUAUUAAGCGGUGUCAACGUGAUUCAGCAUUAUGUAAAUUAGGUGUUACCAAAGUUUUUAUUGAAAAUUUAGAUGAAAGAAUUGAUGAUAAAUUACUUUAUGAUACAUUUUCGGCUUUUGGCAAUAUCUUAUCGUGCAAAGUCAUGACAGAAAAAAAUAAUCAAUCAAAAAGUUAUGGUUUCGUUCAUUUCGAAACACAAGAUGCAGCAGAUAAUGCUAUUAAAAAAGUCAAUGGUAUGUCAUUAGCUGACAAAAAAGUUCAUCUUAGUCGUUUGAUAUCAUCUAAUCAACAAGUUGAUGUUGAUGGAGCACGUCAAUUGACGAAUAUAUUUAUUAAUAAUUUCGGUAAUCAAUUAGAUGAAGAAAAAUUACGUGAAAUUUUAUCAAAAUAUGGAAAAGUUUUAAGUUGUAAAAUUGAAUAUGAUGAAAGUGGACAUUCAAAAGGUUUUGCUUUUUGUAGUUUUGAAAAUCCAAAAGAAGCUGAAGAAGCUGUUCAAAAUUUAAAUGGAUAUUCAAUUGGAGAUAAACAACUUUGGGUUGGUCGUUUUCAAAUGAAAAGUGAACAAUUAUCGGAAAUAACAUGUAAAAAAGAUUUACAACGACAGGAAUAUAUGAAUAAAUAUCAAAAUGUUAAUUUAUACAAUUUAUACAUUAAAAAUUUGGAUGAUACUAUUGAUGAUGAACGAUUAAAAAAAGAAUUUUCAAAAUUUGGAACAAUAACUAGUGCUAAAGUUAUGACAGAAAAUGGUCGAUCGAGAGGUUUUGGUUUCGUUUCUUUUAGUACAACGGAUGAAGCAGCAAAAGCUAUUACUGAAAUGAAUGGUUCUUUUGUCGGUUCUAAACCACUUUAUGUCGCAUUAGCUCAAAGAAAAAAAGAACGUCGUAUGCAUUUAACUAAUCAACAUAUGCAAUAUGUUGCAACCUCACAUGUACCAUCACAAAUGCAAUUACCAUUUCCAAAUGGAAUGUGUGUUAUGAUACCAUACUUAUUAACACCAAUGGAUCCAUCACAACCAUGUAACUUAUCUCCAUCAACAGUAAUGCCAAUUUAUCAAUUAGCACAACCAUGUUGGCCAUCACCUGUAACUACCAAUGCUAUGAAACCACAAACAAGUACUCAAAUGAUUGGUAUACAAAUCUCACCAUCAGCUAUGACUGAUGUUGAAUCUCGAUCAACAAUGCCAAUGGGAACUCAACCAACAUCAAAAUCAGGACAAAUGAUGCCUGACACUUCUGUUCGAUCAUUUGUUGGAGUACAAUCACAACAAGCAACAGCUUAUACUCCUACAGCACGAAAUAUGCCACCUAAUAAUUCAACUGGAUUUUCAGAUUCAAUUGUAGUUGCUGAACAAAAAUCAUUAACAUUGGCUGCUCUUGCUAAUGCAACACCAUUAGAGCAAAAACAAAUGUUAGGUGAACGUUUAUUUCCAUUGAUUCAACAAAUUCAACUAGAAUUAGUUGGUAAAAUAACUGGUAUGCUCCUAGAAAUUGAUAAUACGGAACUUCUUUAUAUGCUCGAAUCAAGUGAAUUACUUAAAGCUAAAGUUGAAGAAGCUAUUGCUAUACUUCAAACAUAUCAAGCUAAACAAGCAGCAACGAAUUCUGUUGCUCAAAAAAAAUCAAAUAUCAUCAUUUAA